GGAGGCCCUCGAACAAAAAUACUUUCUGAAACGGAAGUGGAACUGAAUCAUGGGAACAACAUGGCGGAAUGUUUGAAUCUCUGAUGUUGUUCCAAAACAACGUGUCUACAUUUCGCUAUUACAUGAUGUAGCUAAAGACAUUCUGGUACCUACACAUCUUUAUAUCAAGUUUCAUUAUAAAUGCCAGUUACUAUCCCUGCGAACAAUAUGACAGAAUGGCGAACAUGUGAUACGCCCGCGUCGGGAAUGACAGCUGGUUCAGACGAGAGCAAGCAAGGUGGAGGGAAACCGAAAACAAACAGACUGAGAAGAAGCCUCAAACAAACGCAGGCAACUCCAUCUCUCAUUGUUUCUCCAAAAACCUGUCAAGAUUUCAAGAAGCCAACUCGUGUGACAAGAUCAAGAUACAACAAUGUAUUCAACAAAGGAGAGUCGCCAAUGAAUGAAUCAGAACUUCAACAGGAUAUCGUUUGGGAUGCAACUUCCCCUUCACCCCUUAGGACAGUUAGCAAAAGAGGCAAGAAGUACUCUGCAAAUGUUGGAAUUGUGGACAUUUCCGAUAUUGUCAACAGAAUAGCUCCCAAGCAUGGGAGACCUGUAGUUCCAGAGUCAUGCUUGCUCCAGUGGAUUGGAGACAGUGCUAUUCCCUGCACCCCAGAGAUGCAGCAGCCCAGGGCCAAGAAUAAAUCCCCAAGGACAAAUGGAGUGGACGACCUUUUAAAGUUGGCGAAACAGUUUGAUUUCAACAUGUUUCGGCAAGACGAAGAACGAGUCAAUGAUAUACACAAGCAGAGUUUGGCGCUUUGGAGGACAGACUCGGAGGUCAUAUUGGAUUUAGAUGGCAAUGAGAACCAGCCUCCUCCCUUACUGAGUAAUGGCACACCUGAAAGUACACAGUCCGCCCUUAAAACAAACAGCAUGAGAAACUCCAAAGACCAGAUACCUCCUGACCAUGAGAUGGAAGAUGAUUUAGAUGUUUUAUUUGAUGGACCAACUCAACACAUAAGUCUGAACUUAAGUCAGAAUUCAUUGCCUCAGUCCUCCAAAGUAAUUCCUGGAAAAUAUCCUUAUUCCAUACAUGGCCACACUUCGACCGUCUCCUCAUCGCAUCCUGUCAAAAGAUGCUCAGCAAAUAAUAACUUUGACGACGACUGGGAAAAUGAUUAUUUGCUGGAUGACUCGCUGGUAUUUGAGAUGACCCAAAACCCAGACCCCUUUGCCGCUCCUAAUCAUUGUUUGACCCAAAAAGGGCCGAAUGAAACAAAACAUGAAAACAACAACCCCUCAGCCAUUCCCAAAAAUGCUCUUCAAGGAAGUAGAGACAUAAAACAAGCGGUGUCUAAAGGACAGAAUGAAACUGUGAAAAACAGAAAAACAUUCACGCUUGAAGCAAAUCCUAAUGUACAAUCAAAAAGUAUCCUCUCAGAGGCAUUACCAAAAGUAGGGAAUGUCCCCGACACUGUCAAACCAGCACCACAUAGGAACGUACGGCAAAACCAACGAGGUCUCUUUCCAAUCAACAAAGCUCCGUCAAUGGAGUCCAGUUACCAACUUAGCCAGCAAACACAGCGCCUGUCUAAUGGAAUAAAGACUUGGCCGCAGGUGCCUCUUUUUCAAAGUACAUCGAUCUCAACCAGCUCAAGCACAUUAAACUUCACCAACUCUUAUUCAAUGUGGCCCCUUCAGGUUGAGAAUAGCUCUUACCACAAGCCCACAGAGAACAGCAAUAUGAAAGGAACAGUUUUCAUCAAGGCCCCAGCUAGCCACAGCGUCAUCCCAGAGGACGACUUGGACUCUCUCUUUGCUUCUGACUCCAUCUGGGAUGACAAAGACGAUGAUCUAUUGUGCCAAGCAUGUGAUCACCUGGAAAGCCAGGUACAGAGCAUGGAGGACCCUGUUAUCACACGCUCCCAAUUCCUGCCCAGUAAUCAGACAGAAAGACAGAAGUUUGUCCCUGUCUCUGCACCUUUGAAUAGCAGCAGAUACAAUGUAAAUCAAACGACUGAGACCACACAAUCCAAAUAUCCCAACAAUUCAGUUUAUUUACAAUCGGCCCCCUGUAACGGUGGCACUUUCACCCACUCUCUCAAUACCAACAAAGUACCUGUUACUGUGGUCUCUGGUUGUGAAAGACCGAGUUACAUUGCCUCAGCUGGAAAUGCUGGCACUAACUCCACGUCUAGGCCACAGAACCCUGCAGCAGGAGAAGGGUCAUACGGAAGUACUCGGGUCAAAAGCACUUGUGUAGCUGGGAGCACAGCUAAUCAACAAGGCACUGGGAGUGAAGCAGCUGGGAAAUGUUCUGUGGUGGAGAUUGAACUGAAGAAACAGCAGGCCAUGGAGAGGAGACGGCAACGGAUGCAGACGGCCCACAACCUAAGGGCUCCAACCUGAGGCUGGUACAGUGCACAUAUACAAGAAGAUUCCGAAUCAUAGUUGGACAGUGUUUGCUUACUCUAAACGUUGACUUGUGCUAGACUGACCAUACAGAGCUCUUGAAAGUAGACUUACUAUAGAGUUGUUGUAGCCUCGUACUACCAUCCUGAUCUCGUAGCAAAACAGAAUGUAAGCUCGCUAGUCCAGGAUGGUUGUACGAGGCUAGAGCUGCCGUGCUUUUGUCUGUUUUCCAACUCUUAAUUUACAUCACUCAAUCCAUUUCUGAGUAAGAUUUUAAUCGUUUUAAUAACAUUUUUCUUAUUUACAUUAAUCUAUUAACUGUUAACAAAGUAACUUUAAAAAAAAUAAACAAUAACCUAUUUUCAGGGAGUAUGUUACCAGUUGUGUUUGCAGAAUAGGUUAAGCUUGUGCUGUCACUUUUUCAUAUUCAAUUAUAUCAGUUUUGUAAAUUACCAUAGCAUUACAACAUGAGUGGUUUUCUGAUUAAAAACACGAGGAGUCUUGUGCUGUCAGAAAAACUAUCAUGUUUCUAUAUUAUGUUUAUCUGUCUUUUACUUCUUUACUUCUUUUCUUUUUUUACAUUGUUUAUAUGUUUGUCAUUUGCACAAUAAUGAAACUGCCUCAAAAGAUGACACACAGAUAUUAAAGUUGUGAAAGGAUUCCCACCCACCCUUUCCAGACAAUACUA